CGUCUUAGCUGUUAUGCACAUCGGUGGAGAUAGCGUUUUACUUUUUUGACUAGAGCACGCGCUUAUCAUAGUUAUGUUCUGAUCAUUAAAAGUCACUAAUUCCCGCAAUGAGUUUCUACGUGACAAUUUCAAUGACAAGCAAAUAAAAUAGAUGUGAAAAAGACUAAAGAAGUUUGCUUAUUCGUAACAGUAGAAACUCAGCGACGAUUUAGUGAAAGAUAGUAGAAACUCAGCGACGAUUUAGUGAAAGACGAUCAGCAUAGUAUUUAGAAAAGAUGGCAACACAAGCAGAAAUGAUACUGCUGCAAGCAGAACUGAAAAGGGUAGAGUCGGAUAUAGACCAAACCAUGUGUGAGUUGGAAAAGCAUUUUAAUUUCACAAAGUCAAAUAUAAAAAAGACAUCUACGCCCAAAAACGCACUAACAUCUUGUGCCCCACUCACUUUGUGUGAGCAAACUACGAUAGCAAAGGAACUCGGUAAACCAAGAAUUCAGAUUCAAGUAUUUGAAGGUGACCCGAUCAAAUAUGUGCUGUUUAAGAGACAGUUCAAAAGUAGAAUCAUAGAAACAUGCGACUCUGAUGAUGAAAAACUGAACUAUCUACUGCAAUACACCAGAGGUGAGCCUCAUGAAAUUACGCUAGGUUUCGCUCACUUAGAUGCAACCAUUGGUUUCAAGGCCGCAUGGAAGGAAUUUGAGAGAAGGUAUGGGGACCAAGAACAGAUUGCGACAUCGUAUAUAAACCGUGCCUUACAGUGGCCAGUGAUAAAGCAUGAUGAUUAUGUCGCAUUAGACAAAUACGGCAUAUUUUUAAGGGAAUGUGAAUAUGCAGUAAAAGAAAUAGAUGCCAUUCCAGUCCUCGAGUAUCCCGAUAACCUUAAGAGGCUAAUGACGAAGCUGCCGCUCAAAUUGCAUGAUAAAUGGAGAAGCAUAGUAUAUGAAAGGAAGGAAAGGGGACAGAAGAUAACCUUUCAGGUUUUCGUCGAUUUUGUGCAGAAAGAAGCACGAAAAUUGGCUGACCCCAUUUUUGGAAAGGUUCCACCGCCACCAGAGAGACCUAUACCAGCACCAAGGAGAAGAGUUCCAGCACAAACAGUACUGUCUAGUGCCUCUGCAUCCAGCAACGAAAGACACGUUCACAAGNGUGACAAGGAGCAAUGUCAUCCUGGCCACAUGGAAGGAAAUGAGAGAAGGUAUGGGGACCAAGAACAGAUUGCGACAUCGUAUAUAAACCGUGCCUUACAGUGGCCAGUGAUAAAGCAUGAUGAUUAUGUCGCACUAGACAAAUACGGCAUAUUUUUAAGGGAAUGUUCCACCACCACCAGAGAGACCUAUACCAGCACCAAGGAGAAGAGUUCCAGCACAAACAGUACUGUACAGUAG